AGGGGCUGAGGAAUGUGGGGGGGCGGGGAAUCCGGCUGAAGCCUGCAGCAAGUAGCAGAGCCGGAAGUUCUGGGCUCUUGGAGGGUAGAAAGGGAACCCCUGAGUCAGGGAGAACCAGCCAAGACCCAGCAGGUAGUAGUGAAGACACAGCAGCGGGAGAGAGGAGGCACCCACCUCCUCCUUGUUGAGGGUCCAAUCAUGUCCAAGCCCAGGGGACGUGGGAGGGGGCCUGGGACUGUCGGGCCACCAGUGCGCAGCAUCCGGCCCUUUAAGUCCAGCGAGCAGUACCUGGAAGCCAUGAAGGAGGACCUGGCCGAGUGGCUUCGGGAUCUCUACGGGCUGGACAUCGACGCGGCCAACUUCCUGCACGUCCUGGAGACCGGCCUGGUGCUGUGCAGGCAUGCCAACGCCAUCACGGAGGCUGCCCUGGCCUUCCUGGCACAGGCACCUGCCCAGGCCCAAAGGAUUCCCCUGCCUCGGGCUGGGGUUUCCUGCAACGGCGCUGCCCAGCCGGGCACCUUCCAGGCCCGGGACAACGUCUCCAACUUCAUCCAGUGGUGUCGAAAGGAGAUGGACAUCCAAGAGGUGGUGAUGUUCGAGACCGAGGACCUGGUGCUACGCAAGAACGUGAAGAACGUGGUUCUGUGCCUGCUGGAGCUGGGCCGCCGAGCCUGGCGCUUCGGCGUGGCAGCGCCAACCCUGGUGCGGCUGGAGGAGGAGAUCGACGAGGAGCUGCGGCAGGAGCUGGCCCUGCCCCCGCCUGACCCGCCGCCCCCGGAGCCCCCGAAGCGUCGGCCCUGCCACUUCCGCAACCUGGACCAGAUGGUGCAGAGUCUCAUCAGCCACUGCAGGUGCCCAGUUCAGUUCUCCAUGGUCAAGGUGUCUGAGGGGAAGUACCGUGUGGGGGACUCCAACACCCUCAUCUUUAUCCGGAUCCUCCGGAACCAUGUGAUGGUGCGUGUGGGGGGCGGCUGGGACACACUCGGCCAUUAUCUGGACAAACAUGACCCUUGCCGGUGCACUUCCCUCUCACACAAGACCGGCAGUUUUCAGAAGCCCCCUGCCUCACCGGCACAGCAUGAAGUGAGGGUGCAGGAUGGGCCUUCGCUGCCCCAACCUACGAUGACUAUCAGCCGUUCCCAGAGCCCACUGCCCCCCGUGGACUGGAAGACAUACACCGCUUCAGGCCGAAAGCUGAGGCCUCUCAGCUUCAUCGCCCCUAAAGUCCACAGUAAAAGAGGAGCAGAGGCGGGAGUCCCCAGAGAGACAGCAUCAUUCCUGAGGUGCCAGGAGAGGUCACCCACCCCAACUCAGAGGCAGCUGCCAGCUCGGGACAGCCCACCUGGCCCCAAAUCCUUAACCCUCUGUAGGGGCCAAGACCCACAGGGCACCUCCUCAGGGAAAAAGGAGGAGAGGUACUCCCAUGAACACCCCAGAGGAAGGACUCCCACAUCUUGGGUUCAUGAGAGGACAGACAGCCUGGGCCCUCAUGCCAGGGCCACCAUCUCCCAGACAUUCCAAGCCCCUGAAGCCACAGCCAAAAGGACACCAGCAAGAGGACCAUCUCUGCUUCGUUCCUCCAGCCCAGCCAAGCCCAUGAGCUUCAGGCCACCACCCAGGGGUGAGGCUGAGGGUGCUUCUGCACAGCUCAGGGGGUCAGCAGCUGUCCGCUCUCUGACUCCUGUUAAAGGGCCCACCAAGAUCCCUGUCCAACUGCCCCCUGCCCGUCCCCCAACUCCAGGAAGUAGGCUUCUAGGUCCUGCAACUGGAGGUCCCAUGACAGAAUUGGGGAGUGAACCCAUCCCAGUAAGGGCUGUCACUGGGGACCCGGCUGGGUGCAGACAUGGGGACUUCUUUGUGGAUGCGAGGCAAGGGGACCAGAAGCUGGACAUCCAAAUGACAGAAAAGGCUGGGGAGCCUUGGGGCUUGGACCCCCAGGAGUGGGAGGGGCGAUACCCUCCCGUGCCCCUGGGUGGGACUAAAGAUCAGGCCACGUACCACAUGCUCGAGGAAGAGCUUUUGACCAACAUGAAGCUACUAGAGGUGGGGGUUGCUGGCACAGGAUCUGGGGUCAUCCCUCGAAGUGGAGUCUAUGUCCCCAGCCAAUGUGGGCGAUGGCCUGAGCCUGGGGGUCUUUAUGACAAAGUCAUCCAAGAACUGGCUCAGGGUCCCCCAGCCCUCCUUAAAGUGGACCUGGCAGCCUGGAAGGCAGCCCCUACAGGUUCCCCUAAGCUAGCUGCUACCGUGGGCCCAGGAAGCCCCAAAGGGAAACUGGGGGCCCUUGAGAAUGGGCCAAAGGUAGAGGCAAGCCUGAGUGCCAAGGGCACCAGGGUGAAGAAGGUCCCAGAUCAAGGAGGGCAGGACUGCUCAGCCCCUAUCGUGUCUGCUGGCCUGGAAGCCCCCACACCUUCCCCCUCAGACCCCAAUUCUGACAAAACCAAGGUGUGUCCAGGCAAGGGCAAGAGAACACUCCGAAAGCCCCAGAGAGUCCCAUCCAUCUACAAGCUGAAGCUGAGGCCCAGGAUCCGGCCCCGGAGAGACCACAGGCCCGAAAAGCAGCCUUCACGCAUCCCAAGGCCACUGGCCUACCUCCACCUGGGUCCAGCCAGGGCAUUGGGUUCAGCCAGGGCACUCCCCAGGGGCAGGCCAGUGAGAGCAGCACUGAGCAGCAAGGGAGUAGAGUCCCACUCAGUGGAUGGCACCUCAGCAGGGAAGGAAAAAGGAAAGAGGAAAGAACCAGCUGCUCCACUCAAGAGCAGCUCCCAGGCCUUGGAGGGUGGGGUUCUCCAGCAGAUUGAUCAAGACCCACUCCAACCUGAGGAGGAGUCCUGGGUCUGAGGAGGGGCCUUCUCAAACCUGAAGCUGCGGGUCUGAAGGGAAGUGAAAAGGAUGCCAUAUAGACAUUGGACUCCCAGUUUCAAACAGAAAGUUAGGUCCCUCACCUCUAUCCAAGGCCUUGCUGGGGGUGAGUGUGUGUGUGUGAGGGGGUGGGUCAGAAGACAAAUAUAGAUCAAGUCUGCUUGUUGACGAAAGGGACCACCACUCCAACUCCAGGGGCACGAGGGCCACCCUAUGUCUUCCUGUCUUCCCCUAGAACAGCUCCCCAAACUCCUGGCCUCUGGCCAUGCCUACCAUUUCCACAACUCUUAUAAGUUAUUAAACACUUGUGGGUCUGUUCCUGA